AUGGUAUUCUUCAGUGGACUAACGAAAUAUCAGCAGUGUGCGCUGAUCAUCUCAUUAUUCUUUUUUCUCAACGUCUACCUUCUUUACAAUACCGCACAGCAUACGCAACUCAGAGAAAACACGAAACAUGUGAGUCUGUUCUGUCGGAAAAACUCAAACAUUUCGAAUUUUAGGAAGUUCUGACUUCUGAUAAAGUGGUAAAAGAAGAAGAGCAAGAAGGAAAAACGAUACAGAUGUGUGAGAUAGACGACGAAUUAGCCAAGAGUGCCAUUUCACGAGCAGUGACGCCUUCUUGCAAACGGAAACUUGAAACAGAGGCGUGUCAGCUGAAGAACGGCACUUUCACAGACCGAUUUCCGACGAGCCAGUGUCCGAAUCACGAGGAAUCGAUCAUCGACUCGCGAAUUGGAUGUUACUCGGAUCGGAAAGAGGCACGCGUGCUUAAAGAGUUCGAGUACAAGUUCCCAAAAUCAAACUCAAAAUCCAUGUGCCGGAAGAACUGCUAUAAAGCGGGUUUUCUGUUUUACGGCCUUGAAUUUGGCCAAGAAUGUUUCUGUGGAAACGCGUUGACAAACGGAACGAAAGUGGAGGACAAAGAGUGCCAAACGUACAAGUGCCCCGAUUCUGAUGACUUCUGCGGAGGAUUCAACGCUGUGGAAAUCUUCAGAACCGGCCUGAGAAGUAAAUACUUUCAAAUUAAAUCCUACUUUUCUCUUUUUUCCAGAGCAAGUGGUUCCUCGAAAGCCAAAAUAUCUACCACCGUCAUCAGAAGAAGAGCCCCAGAAUCCUGCCAAGAUCCUCUUUCUUCUUCAGUUAAAUGGGCGGAAUGAGCGACAAGUGAAACGGUUUCUGAAAUCUAUCUACUUGCCUCACCACUACUAUUACAUCCACGUGGAUAAACGGCAGAAUUAUAUGUACUCGGAAAUGCAGAAGGUGGCCGAGAAGGUGGAUAACAUCCACAUCACAGGCAACCGGUUCAGCUCCAUCUGGGGCGGAGCUUCUCUUCUUCAGGUCUUCCAGCAGGUGAUCAGAGACUCGCUGAACAUUGAAAAGUUCCGCGAUUGGGAAUACAUUUUCAACUUCUCGGAGAGCGAUUUUCCAAUCCUUCCAAUUCAAGAUUUUGAGCGACAAAUUACCGCGUAUGUACAACAACUGACAAGUUGCCAACUGACAAAGAAAUGCUCGUUUCCAGAAACAAAGGGAUGUCUUUCCUGGCCAGUCACGGCUACAACACCGGAAAGUUCAUUCAGAAGCAAGGAUUUGAGUUUGUCUUCUCCGAAUGCGAUCAACGAAUGUUCCGCAUUGGGAAAAGAGAUUUUCCGGAGAAUUUGAGAAUCGACGGAGGAUCCGAUUGGGUCGGAAUCCACAGAAACCUCGCCGAGUUUUCCAUUAGCGACGAGGAACUUCCGCAGAAACUGCGAAAGCUUUUCGAGAGCAUUCUGCUUCCCUUAGAAAGCUUCUAUCACACAGUAAUCUAUUCUAGCCGUCACAUUUCAAAUAAUCUUAUAAUUUUCAGCUCUCAUUCAAUUCGAAGUUCUGCGAUGACAUCAUAAUGAGCAACCUGCGAUUGACCAACUGGUACCGGAAGCAAGGUUGCCGUUGUGCUUCUCUUAAGGCUAUCGUCGACUGGUGCGGCUGCUCUCCGCUCGUGUUUCGCGAAGAAACGAAGAAAAAAUUCGAGUUGCAAGUAGGGUGUAGAAAGAGUUUGAGAAUUUAAACUUCAUAAUUUCAGAAAGCAAUUGCAAAACCUUCAUACUUUGCGAGAAAAUUCGAUAGCAUGGUGGAUGUCGAAUCGAUCGAAGCGGCCGAAAAACAAGCGCUCCCGGCCGAAAAGAUAAGAGAGGAUCAUCCAGCCUAUCACUUUGCUUUCGCAAAUAUCUUCAAAAACGGAAUCGACGAGGCGAGAACCCACUUUCAGAGCCUCGCCAAUUUCGCACUCAAAACUGUCGAAUCCGAUGUUGUUCUCACAAAAGUCGUCCGAAUUGACGCGCUUCGAGCUCAUCACGAUGCUCAAAUCGAGAUCGUCAUGAAAGUGGAAACGUCUUCCGGCGACCAUCAUUUCCUUCUCCACCGCCUUUCGCACGUCGAAUUCUCCCAUCCGAAGCCCGAGGUGGACGGCUACAUACUCAAAGACUUGACGUACGGAACAAAGUUCGAAUGGAAAGAAGAGAUUUGCAGAGAGUACAUGGGAUUCGUCACUGAUGUAAAUAAACUGAGGCUUUCCGGAUUUAUCUCUCGAUGUUCUACUUCAGACUGACACUUUCCACGUCCGUCUUCAAUGGGAAGCCAGCGAGAGAGUGAAAAAGAACGGCGAGAAGACGAGUCCCGACGUGGAACUCAAGUAUCGGAAUGGAACCGAAGCCUUCGAGCACUCCAAAGUGAAACCGUACGAUUCGGUAUUUGGUGGACAGUUUGACAGUUUGAAAGUUGACAAAAAGUGAGUUCUCCUCUUCGACUGUCUCAUCGGAAAAGCGUGUUCCAGACUGGCCAACCUGACCACUUGCGAUCCUCUCGCCGUCGACGUCAUCUCCCCAUCUGCUUCACCGAAUUCUCCGCCCCUCGCCACCCUCCUCUUCCCAGUCUACACCCCGCAGAACGAGCAUUGCCACGAGCAUCUCCUCUCCAAAUUCUUCCACAUCGCCGACUUCUGCUCUUCUGAAGAAGCCUGCUCCGAAAAAGUGUGGAGCACCUCAUUCCCCGACCCGAAAUCGGAUAUUCUGUUCGGCUACGAUACGGACACCCGUACUCUCCGUUAGAUUUCUUCGUCAUAUUUUAAUCACUUCCGCAUGUGUGCCUUUCCUUUUUCACGUUGUUCCCCUUGUGAUACACCCAUUUCGCCCGUGUGCAUAAUUCAGUUUUUCAGCAUUUCCAUUCGGGUAUUCCAUUGAGCAUUUUGUUAUGUAUCGGCAUUUUACAUUUUGAUGCAGAGAAAGAAGUUUUAAAUAUAUAAUUAUCAUAAACAGACUCUAUAUUGUUAUGGAUUGAAUGUGGUCGUACAUUUUCUAUACCUUUCAUGUGCUGGUUCAUUUCAAUCUCUUUUUUACAGAAUGGAAAGCCGACGCGGAGUUUUCAUUCACUCGUCCGUCGAGUAGCCGCAAGCGCCCGUCGUUACGAUCAGUCCCCAGAGAACAUCGAGAUUCUGCGUGCGAUGAUCGCCUCGUUCGACCCUCCGUGCUACGUAAGUUCACAGCUCGCAGAAGUAAGCAGCGGCUCCGGAUGCAUUCGAUUCUACCUCUUUCCAGAACAAUUCAUCCCCGGCCGACUGUCCCGCGCCGUCCGAUCCGUGCUUGACACCACGAUAAAGCCGUCUUCUGGAAUCUACUAUGCGGAUGUUUAUCAGGACGAAUACUGCCACAUCAAUGCUUUCGGUCUAACGUACGCUCUUUCUAUUUUUAUCGAAGAUAAUUGUUUUUCAGAAAAGUCGGCUCCAGAAUACCUCUUCACGAUCAUCCCUCUCAGCACGCAGUCAUGAAAAUAUUUCGAGGCUCUGUAAAAAUCCGAUCAUUUACAGUCAUCCCAGAUGAAGAGAAAGACUCGGAUGACUCGGACGCCAGCUCGACGAAGGGGCACUUGAAUGCGCGGUACGAAGGAGAGACUGUUGUCUCGAGCGACUCGGAACCUCACUGGGCCGUGCUUGAACCCACGAAAGGCAACAUCCACGAAGUGAUAUGUCUGGAGCAGCACACCUACUUCUGCGACUUUUUCGUCCCAAACACACCCGUCUGCUACUAUUAUCGUGUCGUGGACAAUGAGAAGCCGCCCGUCUCGGGACAAGUUGUUCGGAUGAAAAGGAUCCGAUGUCCGCGCGAGUUCGACUGCAGCAAGAUGGAAUUUCCGAUGUUCAAACGAUUCGAACAGUUCAAUUAGGCACUGAUUCACUUUUUCCCGUUGUCUCUCUGAUUAACACCUCCUCAAACGCGCUCUACUGAGAAAUCGCUUGAGCAUUUGAACGCGGGGGUUCCGUGUCCUGCCCAGUGUAUUUUUGAAAAUUGUACUCAAUUCUGUAAAUAUAUUUUCAUUGAAAUCUGCUGUUACUGUUUCUGUUUACACUCGAGGGCUGACCACAUCCCUUUAACAUUCUGAUUUCUUUUUUUAUCUACUCACUCAUUCGCUUUUCUGUUUAGAUGGAGAAACUUCGGAAAGAGGGCUGGAGCAUAAACGAAACCCAAGCUGCCGAGUUUUUCCCUGACAACGUGCUUCCGAAGACUUACGAGGAGAUUCGGCAGACACUUCUCGACGAAGAUCUCCGACAAUUCGGAGAGCCGAGCAUUGUGAAUAAGCUGGUGAAAGACGCGAACGUCUUCGAAGGUCCGUGUGUUCUUCAGUUGCUCCGUUAUCGGAAUGUGUCCGUUCCACGGAUCAGGGAGGAAAUGAAUCAGCCUGAUCCGGCGAACUCGCUGAUCCGUCUAUUCUUCACCGAUGGACACAUUUCCAUCUCGGCCGUCAUUCUCACACCGAUCCCUGGAAUCAAUUCAGACACCCCACCAGGCACAAAGAUUCUGAUAACUAGGAAAGUGAACGUCGAAGGAACGUUUCUGAUUCUGACGGCUAAAGACAUCGAAAUACUCGGAGGACGUGUUCCGGAUAUGAUCGAAAAGUGGCAUAUUGAGAAGAAUUCGGUGAGAGCCGAAGGAUUCAAUGUGAGAAAUUUGGGGAAAAAAGCGACCGGAGCGCCGAAAUGGGUGUCAUUCGGAAAGAAAGGAAAGAUCGGAGAGCUGGAGAAGGGAUUCAAAGCGAACAGUGUCAUGCCGAAGAAUCAGAAUCAGAACGAGGACGAGGAAGACGAGUUUGCUAAGAAUCGAGAGCAGAUGAUCAAGGAAAUGGACAUUGAGAAGCCGACGUUUGCGAGAUCGAAUCUGGCUCCGCCGCCUCCGAAAGAACAGGUUCCGAGGGUUCCGAAAGAGCCAAAAGAGCCGAAACCGAGAAAGGAAUUCAAGAGACGAGGCCGGAAGAACAGCGAGGACGGACCGGACGUGGAUUUGGGAGAGUACGCGGACCACAAACCGAGCGGAGGAGUCACCCUGUUCGAUUUUCUCGGAGAAGGCGAGAAAGCAGCGGCGACGUCUUCUGCGAGAGACGUGUCGCGGCUGACAGAACAGACGUCGAGGAUGAGUAUGGGCGGAGCAGAAAUUGGCGGGGCGAAGCCGCAGCAGAAGAGUUUCGGACGUGGCGGACAUUCUGGAGGACCGAGAGGAGCUCCGUUUGAGCCACGAAAUGAUCAUGGAAAAGGACGCGGAGGACAUUUUGGAGGACAUUCUGGAGGAAGAGGAGAAGUACCGAGAGGAGCUCCGUUCGAACCACGAAAUGAUCAUGCAAAAGGACGCGGAGGACAUUUUGGAGGACAUUCUGGAGGAAGAGGAGAAGUACCGAGAGGAGCUCCGUUCGAACCACGAAAUGAUCAUGGAAUAGAACGCGGAGGACAUUUUGGAGGACAUUCUGGAGGAAGAGGAGAAGCACCGAGAGGAGCUCCGUUCGAACCACGAAAUGAUCAUGCAAAAGGACGCGGAGGACAUUUUGGAGGACAUUCUGGAGGAAGAGGAGAAGCACUGAGAGGAGCUCCGUUCGAACCACGAAAUGAUCAUGGAAUAGAACGCGGAGGACAUUUUGGAGGACAUUCUGGAGGAAGAGGAGAAGCACCGAGAGGAGCUCCGUUCGAACCACGAAAUGAUCAUGCAAAAGGACGCGGAGGACAUUUUGGAGGACAUUCUGGAGGAAGAGGAGAAGCACCGAGAGGAGCUCCGUUCGAACCACGAAAUGAUCAUGGAAUAGGACGCGGAGGACCGUCGAAUCCGAGACGGAACGAUGAAAGACAACAAAACAGUGGUCCGGUGGGAAGAGGAAAGCAAGGUACUGAACAUCCACAAUUAUUCCGCCUAACAUUAAAAUCUAUUCAGCUCAAAGACCCGCUUCGAAUUUCAAUGAAAGAAAAGAACCGCCAAAGCAUGAUGCUCCGAGAAACUUUCAGAAUCAGCAACGUUGCCGAUUGUCUCAAGAAUAUUUUAAUUUGAUAAAAUUUUCAGAUCAACGGCCGACCAGAAACGAUCAGAGACACACUUCGAAUUCCAAUGACAGAAAAGGGGAGAACCACGGGCCGACGAGGCAUGAUAAUCCGAGUAACUUCCAAAAUCAGAAUCAGCAAGGUAAUCGUUUCCUCCGGAAUCUUUUCAGUUUUCUCAAUUUAUAGGCCGUCCGAACACCGUUCCUCCUCAACGCCAACAGCCAACAUUCAAACCGAAUAAUCGCGAAGCUCAGAAUCCAAAUCCUCCACACCAUGGUUUGAAUUGCACUUAACACUCAUUGAUCAAAUCGUAAUUGUGUUCUUUCAGGCGGAAACACUCGUUCCCAAAAGUAUGAAAUUCCACGUGGAAACCCUCCACAGAACAACUUCCAAAGAGGACCGCCACGUGGGAGCCCUGGAUUCUCGGCAGACCAAUUCCCUCCGCCCACGUCUUCUGCCGGAAGUGGACCACAAUGGAGAGUGGGAAGCCAAUGCGUGGCCCCGUGGACGGACGGAGGCAGUUAUCCGGCGACGAUCACGGAAAUGCUGCCGGACCGGCACUGCACUGUCCGCUACAACGAAUACGGAAACACGCACACUCUCCCAAUCGACUUUCUCGUUUUCCUUUGA